AUGUUGAAAAUGAGAUACUUGUAUGGUGUUCUAUUACAAAUCUUGUUCUUGUUACAUUAUGUUUACUGUGAAGAUUUCAAUCUAUUUGGUGAAGCGGGACAAGCCUAUGCUCUAGUAGUCUACAUAGGACAUCCACCACAAAAGCUUCACGUAUUGGUUGACACUGGAAGUACUACUUUAGCUAUAGCUGCAUAUGCUAGAAAAGAUAGUAACAUUUACUACCAUGAAGGAAAUUCUACUACUUUAUACAACAGUGGUAAAGAGGUCCAGGCAAAGUAUUCUCAAGGCACCUGGAGUGGACAAUUAGCAUCUGACUUCAUACAAUUUCCUUCCUUGCCAUCAAUACCAGAAGUGAGAAGUGACUUAGCGCUUAUUACUAAAAGCUAUAAAUUUUUCAUGAAUGGUUCAGGAUGGCAGGGUCUACUUGGCUUAGCCUAUCUGCCAGUUGCUGCUUGGGGGGAAAAUGUUGUUGUUGGUUCUUGGUUAGAUUUCCUUGAGAAAUCUGUUAAAAAGCCAAUGUCUUUUGAAUUAAAACUCUGUGGUACACAAAGUCCCGUAAAUGCGACACAUUAUGGUAAAUUGACAAUGUUUGACGAUAACAAUGCAACUGAAAUUAGAGACUUUGUGUAUCGUACGCCAAUUUUAAGAAAGAGGUGGUAUGAAGUGGGCGUUUUAUCUAUACGCCUGUUAAAUACGACAAAGAGUAACAAUCUUACCGAAUCGCUUAAAGGAAACAAAACCAGUGAUUUCAACUUAAAUACAAUAAAUAUCGAUAAUUGUCGUGAAUUGAAUAUUGAGAAAAGUAUAGUGGAUAGUGGAACAACAAGUAUAAGGAUGCCAGAUGCUAUAUUUCGUCAAGUCGUAAAUGAAUUGAGGAAUUCAGCUCAAGUGUCAAACAUGCUAAUAUUAGAUGAGUUUUGGUAUCACGGAGAGGCAGCAUGUUGGCCGGAGCCUCAAGAUUGGUAUUUGCCAUCGCUGGCUAUUGAUAUACUUAGUACUGAGGCUGACAAUCAAUAUUUCACAUUAGAAAUACCAGCACAGAAUUUUAUGCGAGUAAUAACGGCCCGCAAUAAUACAGCAGCGACUGGUACAGUCUCGGAAUUUUGCUACAAAUUGGGACUUGAAGCUGGCGGUAAGGAGACUGUAUUAGGAUACACCGCCAUGGAGGGACUUCAGGUACUAUUCAAUAGAUCAGCCGGCUGGAUAGGGUGGAAGGAAUCUAGUUGCGGGCCAAACGCUCGGGUCACUGGCCCAUUUAACACGACCAAAUCGCUACUGUACAUGUGCCAACUAACUGAACAGCUACCUGACGUCAACGUAUCUAUCAAGGCCGCGCAAUGGACGCUGUGCGCUAUAUCCAUAGUGGCUGCGGCAGUUCUGAUAUACCUCUUAGCGCCGUGCAUUAAAAUGUUCUUUAUUCGUCCUUUACCCAGAUCUCAACAAAUUUCACUCUCCCAAGCAGCUUUAGUGGAACAGGAGACAUAG